ACCACCAGCAUGGAGACACACGCCUUUAAUCUCAAUACUAACCAUAGAAGGCCUAGAGAUCUAUAAAGACAGGCAAUGAUGAGGAGGUCAUGUGGUUGGGUUUACAACCAAUGAGAAGGCAGAACAGAAAGUCAAUAAAAAGACAUACACAGGAAGUAGGUCUCUUUCAGAGGGGAUGGACGGCAGCAGCAUCGAGGGGUAAGAAAGGGUUUUAGUCUCAGCUCUUAGCUACUGCUCUGACCUCUUGGGCUUUUAACUCUGCAUUUGGCUCUGUGUUUCUUAUUUAAUAAGACUGUUACAUCUACAAGACAGACUUUCCGUCUUGUUUUCAUUUGCAUUUUCCUCAUGAUUAAAGAUGUUAACAUCUUGAUUUGAAAAGUGUCUAUUCAGCUCGUUUACUCAUUGAUUACACUAUUUGUUCUUAUGUUUAAUUUUACUGUUGCUGUUUGUGGUAGUUUGAAUGUAAUUGAUCCCCAUAAGCUCAUAGGGAGUAGCACUAUUAGGAGGUGUGGCUUUGUCGGAGUAGUAUGGCCUUGUAGGAAGAAGUGUGUCACUGUGGAGGUGGACUUUGAGGUCUCCUAUAUGCUCAAGCCAUGCCCAGUAUCUUAGACCACUUCCUGUUGCCUUGAGUCAAGAUAUAGGACUCUCAGCUCCUUCUCCAGCACCAUGUCUGCCUGCACGCCACCAUGUCACACCAUGAUGAUAAUGACGAACCCUCUGAAAAUGUAAGCUGCCCCCAAUUAAAUGUUUUCCUUUAUAAGAGUUGUCAUGGUCAUGGUAUCUCUUCACAGCAAUAGAAACCCUAAGAUACUGUUGUUUAAAUUUUAUGUGUGUGGGUGUUUUGCCCACAUGUCUGUCUGUUACCAUGACUGUGGUACCAUACCUGUGGAGGCCAGGGGAGGCUAUCAGGUCCCCUGGAACUGGAGUUAUAGGCGGUUAUGAACUACCAUGUGGGUGCAGGACUCAAACCUGGGUCCUCUGGAAAGUAGCCUUUGCUCUUAACUGCUAAACUAUCUCUCUAGCCCCUAUUUGGGGUUUUUGAGACAAGGUCUGAUCAGCUAGCCCUGGCUGGCCUGGAAGUCACUACAUAGACCAGACUGACUUCAAACUCCAGCAAUCCUCCAGCUUCUGUGUACUAGAAUUAUAGGUGUGUACCAGUGCAUUCCAGCAGGGGUUUAAUUUUCCAAGUUCUUUACAUUUUGGAUAUUAAUUUUCUAUUAGAUUAAUAUCUGGCAAACAUUUUCUCCUGCCCUGUGGGCGAUACUCUUCGCUAUGGCGAAAUCUUUUAGUUUGAUGCAAUCACAUCUGCCAAUUAUUACUCUAAUUUCCUCAGCUGUCAGAGUCCUAUUCAGAAAGCCACUGUCCCUUGACAGUGUUGAAAUAGGACUGUCUUCCUAUCGUUUUGUUAUACAUAAUGUAUUAAUUAUAGCCACAUUAUCAAAUAUGUGAUCUCCAAUUGCUUGCUCGAAGCAUGUGCCUCAUUUUCUCAAUUUGUUUUGGUUUUGAGUGGGGAGGACAAGACAGAACGGUGCUUCAGAAUGGGGCACAGGGGGUGGGGUGCGGCCAAAGGGAACAGAGAGCCCCUUUUGUAAGUUGUAACAAGUACAUGCCGAAUCUCUUAAAAGCCCCUGGGCACCAAAGGGUUAUAAGCAGCUGUUUCUUGAGGCCUGUUUACAGUCCAGUUAAUCAGUAAGCCAGAAUCCCAAAGUGGGGAUGCGCAGAAACCUCCCAAAAGGUUUUCUAGGCUUAAGAGAGGAAGAGACAUGAGCCCGCGGAGCAUCGUGGCUAUCCCAGGACCUCAGAAAUAAUUCCCAGAGUCACAGAGGCCGGUCCCCAGUCUUCUGCAGGUGUGGCAGGUGCGAGGCCAGGCCUGGCCGCUCUUGGCUCUGCAUCCUGAGACGGGAAGGCACGUUGCAGAGCCGCUGGGAAGCUCGGUGAGAUGCCAGAUCUACCUUCAGCCUUCCUGCCGCUCCUCCUUCUCUCCAAGUUAGUCGCCCCUGUGACCUUUCGUCACCACCGCUAUGAUGACCUCGUGCGGACGCUAUACAAGGUGCACAACCAAUGCCCGGACAUCACGCGGCUCUACAAUAUCGGGCGCAGCGUGAAGGGGAGGUACCUCUACGUGCUGGAGUUCAGCGACCACCCGGGGAUCCAUGAGGCCUUGGAACCGGAAGUCAAGUACGUGGGGAACAUGCACGGAAAUGAGGUGCUAGGCCGGGAGCUGCUCCUGCAGCUGUCGGAGUUCCUCUGCGAGGAGUUCCGGAACCGGAACCAGCGGAUCCUGCGCCUCAUCCAGGACACGCGCAUUCACAUCCUGCCUUCCAUGAACCCUGACGGCUACGAGGUGGCUGCCGCGCAGGGCCCAAACACAUCUGGGUAUCUGGUUGGUAGGAACAACGCCAAUGGAGUGGACCUGAACCGCAACUUCCCCGACCUCAACACCUAUUUCUACUACAACGAGAAGUACGGUGGCCCCAACCACCACUUACCCCUCCCAGACAACUGGAAAAGUCAGGUGGAACCCGAGACCCGGGUGGUGAUCCAGUGGAUUCGCUCCUUAAACUUCGUUCUCUCAGCCAAUCUGCAUGGCGGGGCUGUGGUGGCCAAUUACCCGUAUGACAAGUCACUGGAGCAUCGGUUCCGAAGUCCUCACCAUCGCACCUCCAGUUCCCCCACACCAGAUGACCAGCUCUUCCAGACGCUGGCCAAGGUCUACUCCUAUGCACACGGAUGGAUGCACCAAGGUUGGAACUGUGGCGAUUACUUCCCAGAUGGUAUCACCAACGGGGCAUCCUGGUACUCUCUCAGCAAGGGAAUGCAAGACUUCAAUUAUCUCCACACCAACUGCUUUGAGAUCACACUGGAGCUGAGUUGCAACAAGUUUCCCCCUCAAGAGGAGCUGCAGCGGGAGUGGCUGGGUAACCGGGAAGCCUUGAUCCAGUUCCUGGAACAGGUUCACCAGGGCAUCAAGGGAAUGGUGCUUGAUGAGAACUCUAACAACCUCACAGGGGCUGUCAUUUCUGUCACUGGGAUCAAUCACGAUGUCACUUCAGGUGAACACGGGGAUUACUUCCGUCUGCUGCUUCCGGGAACUUACACUGUCACCGCCAAGGCACCAGGGUAUGACCCAAAAACAGUGAUUGUGACCGUGGGGCCUGCAGAACCAACACUGGUUAACUUCCAACUCAGUCGAAGCACAUCUCAGGUGUACCCUGUGCCGAAAGCUCCCGGCCGAGGACAAGGAAGCAGGCCAAAGCAGCCCCGGACAUCCAGAAAGAAAGAUCUGGCAGGAAAGCGACAUCGUGGCCCUGCCUGAAGCCCAGCACCCAGGGCCACCCACAGCAAGGCCGGGUCCCUGCUCUUGGAUCCUGUGGCGACACUUUCCUUUUAUUAUCUGGGACAUAUUCAGACACAGGCACAUGCAGAAGAGUUCUGAGUGUUUCUGUCUGUCCUGGAGCAAGCCUUCUCUAGGCCAGCAUUAAAGGAGUCAGAACCUUCUGGAAACUGGUGCCCCACUGUCCAUGCCUCCAGCAGGGUUCUGGAGAUCUUCUUCCUGGGAGUCUGGUUCGGGUCCCAUGCCAGCGUGCACUGCAUGCUGAGACAGGUUCCAGCUGGUUGUUCAUCUGUCUCCAGAGUCUAGCAUGGAGCUGGUGACAGCUUGGGGCUACAUGAAGCUAUCCAAAUGACUGUAGUGCUGAGGGGGUCCAGAAUUGCCCGGGACCGUUUCCACAAUAGCCAAUGCUUCCCUAGUAAGGAAAGGAUGUGAUCCACAGGGUCCUGCUCCCUGCCCCCCACCUGGGAGCACUGCCAACAAUUUCCACCUUUUGUAAUGUUUUCUGGGUAUGGAGGAGACAUAGAUAGCAUGCCUGUAGUCUGGCAUGUGUUGGCAGCGUGCCCUUCAGGGCAGUGCUCUGGGCUUUGCUGAGUCCCGCCGAACCCACUGGUCCUGAAGGCAUUACUGAGGAAACUAGAUGUUUCUGAAGACAUUAUAUCAUCUUCCAUCUCAUGCCUACUAGCAUACAAGCUGAUGAACCCUCACCGGCCUGGUGUCCUAAGUCCUCUGUCCCCAGUGCUGGGUGUUGGGGAUCAGUUUCCACAGCUGCUCCAGCUUUUUCCUAUGGAUGAGCAAUUCCCCUCUCUCCUCUUGGGGCAUAGCCUCACACACAUCAGCAGCUGUGAAGAUGUGCCCUUUCCUGUGAACUAACACACUCUUUCUCGAUCUGUGUUUGGGCCAUCUCAGUCUGUGACCAGAAGGAAAAGGGGCGAAGAUGUAUCCUCUCCCUCUGGGAGACGUCUCUCCUCAGGCUAAAAGGUUAAUGCUUUCUUUGCAGUUUCCGAUCUUAAUUCCUUGGAUCCCUUCUAAUGACGCAGCUUUGAGAGGGCACAACUCAGCUCAGUGACACAUGAUGCCUUCAUUUGUUGUGUGUGCCACAUUUUCCUAGGCUGUCUGAAUAUCACUCUGUCUUGAGGGUCCCCAAUACUAAGUCAUUGGACAGAACUGAAGUUUACAAAAUGGGGUCACAGAGUGCUUGCUGGCAUUGCCCCUGACUUUCCUCCCUUCAUACUAAGGAUCUUUACUGAGUCCUUGCUCACAAAGCAUGCAGAGAAUACAAAGAGGAAGAAAGCAUGGCCCAUGGUCUCAGUGUGGCAAAGUAGCUUGGAAGACCCAUGGACAUCACAAUACGUUGUCAUAAUUACUGUGACCCCAUAACUCUGAGGUGGGCCUGGGGAGCCCAUGAGAAGAGCCCGUCCCAGCAAUGGUGAAGCCUAAGAUAAGGUAUACUGAAGUCCGACAGAGCAGGGUGUGAAGAAGUGGAGGAGUGUGGUUAGUCUGAGAAGGUGAUAAGUGCGGGUGCCUGGAGCUUCUUCAAAGGUCCUGGGCCCUCUAAGGGGGGACUGCAAGGAACACUGCAUGAGAUGCUGAGAGACUAGGCUGGGUGUCUGGGAGGGACCAUUACACAGGGUCAUUUGGCCUUUAUCCCCAGAAGACGCAGGAGCCACUGAAGGGUCCUUCCAAAGGCUGGGCUGAACUCGAUAGAUAGCCAGGGCUGCUGCUUAAAGAGCCAGCAGACAGGAGCCUGCAGGGAGCCAGCUGGGAAGAUGGCCUCAGCCCUGGAGGGGCAGUAGCAGAGAUACUUGCAAGCUGAGAGCACUUCCCAUCAGCUCCUUGUGACGUCCCUAUGUUCCCAGAGACUUCCAGUCUCCUCACUCAGAUCUCUUCGCCUGCCACCCUGAGGCUGAAACACUAAAGCUGUUGUAGCACUUCACCUUGGCCAUAAGGCCUAUCCUAAGUGCACCCCACUCAAGUGCAAAUGUGAGAUUAAACCACAACGUUAUACAGAAUACCUGGGCUCUGGCCAUGGCACGAAAACACGUAUCCUGACGGAAAAUCGUGGUUUGUAUACAGUUGAAUGUAUAUCCCUACAG